AUGGAGCGAGCACUUCAAGCACAGCUGGCGCUGAAAGAGCAGUGUGUCGAGUUUGCUACCUAUCUGCUCACUCGGGAAGCAUUGCAUUGGUGGCAGGGGACCCGACGUCUCCUGCAACAGGGUGAUGACCCUAUCACCUGGGAUGCCAUCCAAGAGGAAUUCUAUAGGAAGUACUUUCUAAAUUUCUCCAAGACGGCCAAGGAACUGGAGCUAUUGCUGCUGAAGCAGGGUGCUAUGUCUGUAUCUGAGUAUACAGACAAGCUUGAGGAGCUCUUUAGGUUUUCUCGCAUGUGUCAAGGAGCUCCGGGAGACUUCGAGGAGUGGAAGUGUAUAAAAUAUGAAGGACGGCUUCGAAGCGACAUAUAUAGUUCAGUGGGGCCUAUGGAGAUCAGGACUUUCUCCAGGUUGGUAAACAAGAGCAGAGUUGUCGAAGGGUUUGUAAAGAAGGCAGUUGCAGAGAGAGGAAGCCAUAGGGGACCAUUCCCACAGAACCGAGGGAAGAGCUUUACUCCUAGAGGUCCGCCUUUCAAGUGGGGAGGUUUUGUAACACAGCAAACUCAGGGUCAGAAUAACUUCAGAAGGCCUAACAAUAACAAUAUCCUGGGAAGAAGAUUUGGGAAGCAGCCUCUGAAUGAGCAGGCUUGUGCUAGAUGUAGGAGUUACCAUCCUGGUGUUCCGUGCAAGGCUGGAUGGAGCUUGUGCUACUCAUGUGGUAAGUCGGGGCAUAAAGCCUCCAACUGUCCGGAGAAGCAGAGACAGGGUGCUGGGACAGCACAGCAGCCUGGUCGAGUGUUUACUACUUCAUCUGUGGGUGUCGAGGGAUCCGAGACACUUAUCUGA